AUGAAUAACAGCGGUGGUAAAAAUAAUGGUAGUGUUAAAACUAAUAAUCAAGCAAUAAAUAACAAUUCACGUCGAACUACUCCUGCCUCAAAAAAAUCUAUAAGUUUGGGACCACCACCAAAACCUUCCCGUACAAUAACAAACAAUAACAACAAUAAUCAAUCACAAAAUCAACCCACAAUAUCUCGUAGUCCUUCUGCUGGCAGUGUUUUGACGAAAAAUAGUUCCACGUCUGAUUCUAGUAAUUCUACAAAAUAUUCACAGCCUGCUUAUGGCUCUAUUAAAGGAGCACAAGCCAUCAAUGUACCUGGCGAGCCUAUUCAACCAGUUAAUAGUAAUGAAAAAGAUGGUAAUAAUAAAUCUUUUAAGGGUGUCUUUAAUAAUAUUGUUAGCUCAAUGUCAGAUCUUUUAACAUCACAAAAAAGAGUAGAAAUUUCGUCGCCUUAUGAUCCAGUUCAUCUAACUCAUGUUGGUUUUAAUCAAGAAACUGGUGAAUUUACUUUUGAAUUAAGUCAUGAAAAUAUUGUAAAUUAUAUUGAUAGUUUCCUUUGGAAAGGAGAUCUUUGGGUAGUAAUGGAGUAUAUGGAAGGUGGAAGUUUAACAGACGUUGUUACCAGUAAUAUAAUGACCGAAGGUCAAAUUGCCGCUGUUUCUAAAGAAACAUUGAAAGGUUUAUCACAUUUGCACUCAAAAGGUGUAAUUCAUAGAGACAUUAAGAGUGACAAUGUUUUAUUAUCGUUAGAUGGACAUAUAAAAUUAAGCAUUAUAUUUGAUUGCUACAAAUGGAACACCUCAAUUACAAAAUCCUGA